AUCUAUUGAAAUUUUAAUGUUUUUCUGUUUAUAAUUUAGAUUGCGUAUUGGACUUCAAGUGGCUGCAGUAAAGGCUCCAGGGUUUGGAGACAACCGUAAAGCCACAUUGGUCGAUAUGGCUAUUGCAACUGGGGGUAUUGUGUUUGGAGAUGAAGCAAACGUAGUCAAACUAGAAGAUGUUCAACUUGCUGAUUUGGGGCAAGUAGGAGAAGUAUUAAUUACAAAAGAUGAUACACUUCUUCUCAAAGGAAAGGGUAAAAAAGAAGAGGUAGAUAAACGUGCAGAUCAAAUUCGUGAUCAAAUUGAAACCUCUACAUUAAUUGGCUUGCAAGACCAAAAAGGGGGUUAA